CUUGACUUUUUUCUAUUGGAUAAACCCCUUAGCAGGCAGCUACAGUUUAGCAGGCAGAUUAUCCCCAAAUUUGUGCAGCUCAGAAUAUGCCCACAGGUUGCUGCACGUACAUUGUGAACUUCUAAUUUUCUGGGUCCCAAACUACAUUACAAACCCUUAUAACAAAUAAUCUCGGAAGGAAGUACCAGUUGCCUUAUGACUUUUACUUGCUUACCUGUUGUUUUACAUAAUUAUUUUUUCUACUACACAUCUAAAAAUUUCUUAAAUUAUAUUUUGGUUUGGAGAACGAGAUUGCUGUGUGAAGUCGAGAACUAUCGGAUAAACGUCUGACUAUUCAAAGGAGAACGUGUCCAUACUCUAACCGGCUUAGACUGACUGCUAUUUGCGGGACUGGUUGACAAGGAGAACAAGAAAGACGAAAGAAAUCAGGGAACCCCUCCUGUUGAUUUCCAACACGACCAGGAAACUCCCUGCUAGACACUAUGCUGCACUGUUUUGCGGGUACAACUGGCAGAUAAAUUUGUCCAUACUGUUCCCCAAGUAGCCCUUCUCUUCAAACAGGUUAGAGACCUGAAGACAGCUGUUAGACUUCUGGCAUGGAAGCUUCACCUGGCCAAUUUAUUUGCUAACCCGUCUUUAGGGUCACAGGUGUCUGGAAAAAUGAAGAAUCGUCAAACUAUGGUCCACAAAGCAGGAUGCUGGGCACUGUCCAUGGUGCUGAUUUUGACUGUAAUAUCCCAGAAGACAAUAUAUGCAUGCCCUCAUCCUUGUGCCUGCUAUGUGCCAACAGAAGUUCAUUGUACUUUCAGAUCAUUACUAUCAGUGCCAACAAGGAUUCCUAAGCAUGUGGAAAGAGUCAAUCUGGGAUUCAACAGUAUACAAUCUGUUGCCCAAAAUGCAUUUUUAGGGCUGAAAAGGUUAGAAUUACUUAUGAUGCAUGGAAAUGAUAUUUCCAGCCUGCCAGAUGAAGUCUUUAGAGAUUUAGUAUCAUUGCAGGUACUUAAAAUGAGCUACAACAAACUGGAAGUUCUAACUGGACACACACUUCUGGGGCUUUCAAGUUUAUUGAGACUCCACAUGGACAACAACAAAAUUGAAUUUAUAGAUCCAAAUGCUUUCAGUGGCCUGAUCUCAUUGAGACUUCUUCACUUAGAGGGAAAUUUACUGAAACAACUUCAUCCAAACACAUUUGCAACAUUUACAUUCCUGGACUACUUUAGAUUUUCUUCCAUAAGGCAUCUUUUUCUAUCAAAUAAUUCAAUUGAGUCUCUGCCAAGCAGUAUAUUUAGUCCUAUGACAUUGCUGGAAGCUGUUUAUCUUCAUGGAAAUCGAUGGUCAUGUGACUGCAGAUUAAACUGGUUGUUACAGUGGAAUAAGCAACAUGAAGAUGUGCUGAAGUGCAAAAAAGACAAAAGUUAUGAAGAUGGUCACCUAUGCCCGAUGUGCUCCUUUCCAAAUCAAUUACACAGAAAGCAGAUUUUUAAACAAGAUGAACUUUUAUGCACUAAACCCAUGAUUGAGUUAUUAAGAAAACAAAACCAUACAACAGAUCAGGAAGACUCUGAAAAUGAAUUGAUUGAUGAAGGCAUCAUUCCAGACGACUUAGGAAACAUGUCUUUAAACCUGACAGAUGAACAUGGAAAUAAAGUUGAUUUGGAGUGCAGAAUUAAAAGGCCUGGGGAAUCUUCAACAGUAUCCUGGAAUCAGUUACAUGCUGGAUACAUGGCUGUAAAUGCAACACUUUCAGUUGAUAUCUUAUGCCCUAUAGACCGCACAAAAUAUGAGAAAUUAUGGAACCUCAUUGCAUAUUAUAGUGAAGUACCUGUAACAUUACAGAGAGGAGUAAUGAUGAGUGAGCAGUCACAGUUGUGGAACAGAUACAGACAAGAACAAGACAGUGAUGGGAUGUAUUAUACAGGUGUUAAGAGUUUCAUUACUGCAACUCCUUCCUGGCUUAUGCAGUCAGUCAUAAAGCUUCGACUAAACAGACAAGAAACCUCAGCACGUAGUGCAGUGUUAUCAUUCUCAUCUCAUUUUCUAGAAACUGUGCAGACUGUAAAUGCUGAAAGAACCAGCUGGGUUAUGAUAGAACAUAAUCAAAACAGUGAAACAGCGCAUAGUACUGUCCUGGGUUCAGAAUGUCAGUUAAUAUGCAAUGUGCAUUCAUCUGGCAGUCAUACAAUAACAUGGAUACUCCCAAAUGGGACAAAAUUAAUGGCUCCUUAUGAAAGCAGUGAUAAAAGAAUUUCUGCCUUGAGUAAUGGAAAAUUGGUCAUCAAGAAAAUUGAGUUUUCAGAUUCUGGUAUUUACCAUUGUAUGGCACAAGUCAAAGGAGAUUAUGAUACUGUUUCUUUUCGAGUUGAUGUGCAAGAUACAGGCAUUCCAUCUUCUAUUACCGAGGAAGUCACAGUUCAUAAAUCUGCUGGAGACUCUGUCUUGCUGUCAUGUAGGGCAACUGGAACACCUGAUGCUAGAAUAAACUGGAUACUUCCAAACAGCAAGGUCAUUAACAUAUUUGGAAAUAUAUCAAGAGCAUAUGUACUGUACAAUGGUAGCUUACUUAUUGAAGAUAGCCAAACUGCUGACAAUGGAUAUUAUAGAUGCAUUGCUGUGAAUCAAUAUGGUAUAGAUUAUCUUACUGUAAAAGUAACAAUAGACAAGAAAUCAGAACAGCAGCCACAGCAAAAUAAAAAACGGAAUAGAAAGCCCAAAUUAUUUUCUACCACAUUUAGGAAAGAUAUUGAGAUGAAAGAUGGUUCAGGUGGGGGUGGUGGUGGUGGUGGUGGUGGUGGUGAGCCACAAGGAGCAAAGGGAAAACUGUCCUAUAGAAAGAGUCAUGAUGAUUCAGAUGAUAUCAAGGAAUUUGCAUUAAACCAAGAUAAGAAUCAUCUAGAUGAACCAUUUAACAGAAGGCUCGCAUCUAGGAGAGGAAUGCAGAAAGUUAAAGGUAGCAAAACAGCAGUUGGUCAAAGAGUGUUUCAGUCACGCCGUCGGGAUCACGCUACUAACAAACAAAUUGAUCCAAAACAAUGGGCAAGUAUUUUGGCAAAAGUACGUGGAAAAAGUAAUGGAAUACAACCAACAAGUGCUCUGUCACCAACCGAAGCUCCUGUCACUACUCCUUUGUUCUCAGACUUGGAAAUAUUUCCUUCAGCUGUUGUAAAUCCUGCAGUCAUAGUAAAUUUUAACUCCACGGACACAGGUGAUGAGUCCUCAACUGAUGAUACGUACAUUAAUGAAGAUGAAUUACUUCCAAAAACUGUGCCAAUAACUACAGAGGAAAGUAUUCCUAGCCAUGAAUAUAAUUACUUAACCACUCACAUUCCCAAAGAUAUUGCACUGAAAGAAAAUUCAAAACUGGAAGAUAAGAUUUUAGAAGUAAGGGAUUCUGACAGAAAUGAGUCUCCUAUUCUUUAUAAUAAAAAUCCAAAUUUUACAUUUUCAACAACAUCAACAUAUCAUCAAAGCAAAUUUUCUUCUCCUCCAGUUAUUGCACAACCACAGACUACUGAGCUUGACAAAAUGGAGUUCACAGCAGAUUCUGCUGUAUCUACAGAAGGUACAUAUAGUGGUGAAAAGGUAUCAACACUGUCAUUUGUUGUUGAUGAUGCUGUAUUUCAAGAUGUGACUGAAAAUGUUCUUAAUGCAGAUAACUAUGACAUUGCUAGCACAACCGCUCUCACAGAUUCUGAAGACAUAGUUACAAAUCCUACUGGACAUAUUUUAUCAGUCCUUCCAUCUUAUGUAUCUGAUCCUGAAAUGACUGAUCAGAAAACUACUGAAUACAAAUAUUUAAAUCACCUGCCUAGUACAUACACCACCCCAGCUGCUUACAGAAACCUCUUGAGUACCACUGUGCCACAUAGCAGUGAUUUCAGUAAUAAGACAAGCCCAUCUGGUACAGAUAACCAGUUGUCUAAGGCUUCAAACAUGCAUGAUCUACAUUUAGAUGUGGCUGCAACUUAUGAUACUGGGCUGUAUGCAUAUUCUUUGACAAAAUCAACAGAAAUAUUUAAAAUAGAUAAAGAAAAUGCAUAUGAAGGUGCAGAUGAAGUCAUUCGUAAGAGUUCAUCAUCAGAAAAGGAAACAAGUACAGCACACAAUAAGUUACGCACGAGGGUGCGCAUUAGGAAGAUAAAACAUCCUAAGCAGAAAACAACAACCAUCACUGAAAGCCAUAAUAUUCCAACUUUACUAGCUACAAAUGAGCCUCUAGGUAGUAUCACGACAUCAGUGACUGCAGCACUGGCAGAACAGUACAGGAUUACUACUGCUUCAUCUCCUCCUAAUGGUGGAAAUCAUCGUAGAAGAAGGCCUUUUGGUAGAAGAAGAUUUAGACCCAACAAAUCUAGAGUGAGGAUACACCAUAGUUCCCAGAAAAAUCAUUUUAUGACAACAAACCCCCCACUAAUGCCAAUCCCGUCAGUAAGCAAAAUUCAUUUCCAGGACCACUCUAAGGAAAUUAGUAUAGAUACAUCUCAAACUACAGAACAAAUGGUUAAUAGCAAGUCAUUACAGCAACUUGCAAAAACAGAAAAUCAAGAUGCUAGUUAUAUUCUUAUGCCUUUCACUCCAGAGUUGCCACCUUCGUCAACCUCUGUGCUAGGUACAGAAGUAGAUACAACCCCUGCACAAACAUAUCAUAACCCUCUUCCUGUUUCUUUUGCUGUGACAUUCGCAAACACCUUUUUGUCAUCCUCAGGGGAUACUGAUGAUGCCACCUACAAGUUAGAUGUGGAUAGGUACCCCAUUUUGGAAGAAAGAACUACCUCACUGCUAUCUGCACCAUUUUAUGCCACUGAUUCUGUUGUUCAGAGCAAUUAUUUUACUGCAACAAAUGCAAAAGAGCAAAAAGAACCUGGUGUUUUAGGAAAUGCUAUUUCUAAUAGUGGUAGUCUGGCUGUUCCUGAAAUAUCUACAGAAUCAGUAAUAACGGAGCAUCAGUCAUCACCAGAAUUCAGUAACUUAAAAAGUACAGUGUUGGUAGAUAUGCAUGCAUCAGGUUCUGAAGUAUUUGCAGGUCUGUCCUCAAGUGUAAACCAAAUAACAUCAAAUCCUCUAGAGCAAGAACCAUCUAUGCCAUUUUCUACAGACACUGAUCACACUGCCAUUACUGAUCUUACUACUGAAAGAGGAAAUACAAUCACUACCUCUAGUAUUAUGGAAGGAAAUACAAUGCCAGACACACCUGGGAAGACAGAAGAAAUGGAUAUUACAGAAUCCAGUGAUUUAUCAUUAUUUACAAGUUCACUACUCACAACAGCCACAUAUUUAAAAUAUCCAAUGAGCUCUUCAGUCCCUCAUAAAUCAGAAGACGCUUGGUUUCCAUUUUAUGUGCAGCAUAUUCCUAUAAAACAGGAAAAAGGUAAUGAUAUUCCAUCGCACAAGACCGCAGAGCUUGCAAAAGCUACUACUGCUACUGCGACUACUGUACCACAUAAAGUAUAUACUACCACAAAGAUGCCUCAAGGUACAACACUUUUAACAAAGAUGACUUCUAGAAGUGAAGUGAAAGUCAUAGACUCAAAUGAACUGCUGAUAUCAAAAACAAAUAAGGACCCUAAAAUCCAAGAUAAAUAUAAUUCUGGACAACAGGAACUUGAAACACAGCUGAAACCAGAUGAGAAUAAGCAUACCAACAAAAAAACUAACGAAACAAGUACAGCAACAUCAAGUAUUCAUUUGGCAUCAGUGGAAAAGUCUGUGUCUGGGCAAAGACAAGAAACAGUUAAUGUCUUGAGCAGUGGCUCUGCUCCAGGGUUUCCAAGGUAUACCCCAGUGAGAGGUACUGUGAGACCAACUUUUCCAACAAGACUUUGGCCUCACUAUAGAAUACCUGGUAGACAAGUUACAUUUACCAACAAACCUGAAAUAACAGCACAUGCUGCAACAGGUAAAAUACAACUUACUACAAAGCCUCCUUUCCAUCAUAGAACAAAUGCAGUAUUUCCUAACAUAUUUGGGAACUGGAUACCUAACAGAUGGCAUGAAAACUCAAGAAGUUCUGCAAGCAAUCUCAUUCCAGAUAGCAGGGGGAAUGCUGAUAGAAUACCAAGUAUAAGUCAAGGAAACCCAUAUUAUAAUCCAUAUGUUAGAUAUCCUGCAAGGUUCAGCAGACCUUUCAUAAUUACAAAACUAAACACCACAUCAAAGCCAUUUUUGUUUCCUGCACCUAUGGCAACAGAGAGGGACAUUACAGCAGUUACUAGAAUGCCUACACUUUUAAGUACUUACCAUAAUAUUAUUACAACAUCAGCACCUAGAAAAGAUCCCCUGAAACCAAACUUAUCUCCAACCAAAGUGGUAGUUCUACAAACCACAGAGCCUCAUUUAACUACCAGGACUCAGCUGCAUAGACAUAUGCCAUACGACCAAAAUUUUCAUGUGAUACCUUUAGCACCAAAACAUGAAAAGCCUUUUCACAUCCCAUCACCAGCAGCAUAUCCUUCAACUAAUGUUAGAACACCAGGACAGAAGCCUACAAUUACAACAACAACUGCUAACACUGUUUCAGUAGAAGCUGAAGUGGAUGUCACAUUACCUUGCAAUGCAUUUGGGAAUCCAACACCUUCCAUUUCUUGGACAAAAGUGUCAACAGGUGCUGUAAUGACAGAAAACACAAGAAUACAGAGAUUUGAAGUUUUGAAAAAUGGAACAUUUAUUAUACGAAAGGUUCAACUUCAAGACCGUGGACAGUACCAAUGCACAGCACGAAAUCAGUACGGCAUUGACAGAAUGCUCAUCACAUUAAGUGUUUUGGCUCAGCAAGCCAAAAUAUUAAGCUCAAACUUCAAAGAUAUUACUGUUUACUUAGGAGAGCAAGCCAUUAUUGAUUGCAAGGCAGGUGGUAUGCCAUCACCACGGAUUACUUGGAUUCUACCAAACAGAAAAUUAGUACAUGAUUCAAUGACUACAGCUGAGGAAAGAAUAUCACAGCUUGAUAAUGGAACUCUACUAAUUAAAGAAGCUACUUUUACUGACAGAGGUGUCUAUAAAUGCAUAGCUAGUAAUGCAGCAGGAGCAGAUACUCUCUCAGCUAGACUGCAUGUUGCAGCAUUGCCACCAAUUAUUCAGCAGGAUCGAAAGGAAGAAAUUUAUUUUACUCCUGGUCAAAAUGUCUACAUUCACUGCAGUGCAAAAGCAGCUCCACCUCCAGCCAUACGAUGGAUGCUUUUUGAUGGUACACAGAUUCGACCAUCACAGUUUGUCAAUGGAAAUCUUUUUGUCUUCCCAAAUGGAACUCUUCUCAUACGCAAUGUAUCACCCAAAGAUAGUGGCAGUUAUGAAUGUGUAGCUAUGAAUGUUGUUGGGAUGUCAAAAAGGAUUGUAAGCUUGAGUGUUAGAAGACUCUCUUCUAAUGCCAAAAUCACUGGUACAUCUGCUUUGACAACAGAUAUAACUUAUGGAAGUACUCUUCAACUGAACUGCACAGCAGCAGGUGACCCAGGGCCUAGAAUAUUCUGGAGACUGCCAUCUAGAAAACUUGUUGAUUCAUUUUACAGUUUCGAAUCACGAACUAAAGUGUACCCGAAUGGAACCUUAGUGGUAGUAGACAUCACAGAAAAAGACACAGGGGAUUACCUCUGUGUUGCCCGAAAUAAGAUGGGAGAUGAUUUUGUAGUUCUUAAAGUAAAUGUGAUGAUGAAACCAGCAACGAUUGAACAAAAAGAUCAAGCAAGCCACAAAGUCAUGCAUGGUGGGGAUCUGAAAGUAGACUGCAUUGCUACAGGGCUACCAAACCCUGAAAUCUCUUGGGCACUUCCUGAUGGUACUAUGAUUAAUAGUGUCAUGCAGUCAGAUGAUAGUGGGAUUCGGACUAGGCGAUAUGUAGUGUUUGAUAACGGGACUUUGUUUUUCAAUGAUGUUGGUAAGAAGGAGGAAGGAGACUAUACUUGUUAUGCAGAAAAUAAAAUAGGGAAGGAUGAAAUGAAAGUGCAUGUCAAAGUUAUAACAGAGCCUCCAAUCAUUAAAAAUAAAAGCUAUUCUGUCCUUCCAUUAUUACAUGGAGACUUGGCUGUGCUAAAGUGUGAAGCAAAAGGUGAACCCAUUCCAAGAAUCAUAUGGUUAAGUCCCACAAACAAAGUUAUUUCCUCAUCAUCGGAAAAGUAUCGGUUGAAUAGUGAUGGUACACUUCUUAUUUCAAAAGUUCAACAGUCAGAUGAUGGAAACUACACAUGUAUAGCACAGAACAUCAAUGGAGAGGAUAAGAAAGUCAUUGGUACUCAAAUAAAUGUACAAUCUCCAAAAAUUAAUGGAUACCCAAAUGCCAUCACAGCAGUCAGAUACACUGCAAUAGAGGAAACACGUAAACUUAUAAACUGCAAAGCUGAAGGAAAUCCAUUGCCCCGUGUCAUGUGGAUGUUUCCUCAGAACAUUAUACUACCAGCUCCAUAUUAUGGAACUAGAGUUUCUGUUCAUCAAAAUGGAACUCUUGAUAUCAAAUCUCUGAAGAAGACAGACUCUGUACAGCUAGUGUGUGUUGCACGUAAUGAAGGAGGAGAAGCUCGACUCAUUGUGCAGCUCAAUGUUCAGGAAAAGAUGGAAAUGCCUACUUUUAAAAAUCCAGUUAGUGAAAGAUUUUCCCUUGGUAAUGCAAAAAUGAUUGCUCUUAACUGCUCUGCUGAAGGCAGGCCUCCUCCAGAAAUCACCUGGAUCCUUCCAAAUGGGACAAAACUUCUGAGAGGCAGAAGAGUAUCUAAGUUUAACCAUGCAGCUGAUGGUACUCUGUUUAUUAGCAGUCCUUCCACUGAAGAUGUUGGGAUUUACCGCUGUAUGGCAAAAAAUGCUAUAGGCUAUGUAGAGAAAGCAGUUUCUGUCGAAACUGGGCAAAAACCAGUAAUCAAGAGUCAUUAUAGUUCCCUAGUAAGCAUUAUCAAUGGAGAAAAUUUGCAGCUGCACUGUGUAACACAAGGUGAGCCACAGCCUCAGAUCUCUUGGACAUUACCUAAUGGUGUGACCCUAAGCAAAGCUCAGACUGUUGGUCGUUAUUCUCUUUCACAAAAUGGUUCGCUUUCUGUUCAGCAAGCAUCUGUACAUGAUAGAGGGACAUAUACAUGCAAAGCUGUUAAUGAGUAUGGUUUCUCCACUGUUAGUAUCCCAGUAAUUGUUAUAGCAUAUCCUCCACGCAUCACACAUGGACCUGCUUCUGUUACUUACACAAGACCUGGUAAUACAGUUCAGAUGAAUUGCAUGGCAAUAGGAAUACCAAAAGCAGAUAUUAUGUGGGAACUUCCUAACCAAACACGACUAACAGCAACAUCUCAAACCCGAAUAUAUGGCAAUAAGUUGCUUAAUCCUCAGGGAUCCUUAAUAAUCCAAUUCCCUUCCCAACAAGAUGCAGGGUUUUAUAAAUGCACUGCUAAAAAUGUGUUAGGAAGUGAUUCAAAAGCAACUUACCUCCAUGUCUUUUAAAUGUAAUACUAAUAAAUGUGCCUUGCCCAGAUAACUGCAAAAUAAGUGCAGAAAAUACUGUCUAGCAUAAUUUAAUUAACUGAUUUGCUAAUGUGCGUGCUAUCCAGUGUGGACUGACUACUUGUCCAAAACUGGUUUUGUUUCACCAUUUCAUUUUUAUUUAUGUGAUGAAGUGGUGCUCAAGAUCCAUGCUAUUUAUAUUUGCUGAUGUAUAUAAGAGAAAUUCUGAAAUUCAAAUCCAUUUUUCAUCAGUCAAACUUUUCAGAUUCUAUAUCAACACCAUGUUGACUGUCUUUGCAUUGAAGUUUAUAGUUUUACUAUAUGCAACCAAUGUCACCCCAAGGUCAACAGGAUCAGAAUGACUUUCAUCGCAUACUUUUCCUCAGAAAUAUUUGCAUCUUAAAUGAGCAAAAUUGUUUUUACAAGAUAAUGCAGUGAAGGUGUUACUAAUAGAUGUAUAAAUGUGCUUUUAAUCAAUGUGCAAAUGAUUAUUAAAGCACAACAGAUGAAGAUAUUUUUUUUGUCACAAGCUGUCCAUAUACUGCAAAUUUCUGAAGUAAGAGAUCGUUUCAAUUUAGCUAAAAGUAUUCCAAGCAACAUUUGAUUAUGAUAAAAAUGUACAUUGUGUGGUAUAGGACAUACAGCUCAUUAGACACGUAUGAGAAAAUGGUGUGCAGUUUCUCAUUCUAAAUUAUUGGUCUUUAAAAGACUUUUGAUGUAUAUCUGUGUUUAUAAUCUUAAAAGUUAAUAUUUUCUUUAGUCUUACAAUAAAGAAUAUUUUCCAUUA